AUGACUUCGACAAGUACUUCGCCAUCUCCUCCACAUACCCGACUUCCUCAAACACGUCCACCACCCCCGGCCUCGACAGCGUCAUCAACUCGGCGUACCACCGAUACAAGACGGGAACCUUUCCCAUUCUCAAUGACAAGGCCCUUUCGACCCAAUCCUACGUCAACCAGCGUUGCACCUUCAACAGCAGAAGGGAGAGCCAUCCCCGUAGAUGAUACCACGGCUGAACACCGAACCUCGGCGCUACGAGAGCUCAACAGCCAUUACCCUAGCAGGCACCGCUAUGCGAAAUCCACAGGUGCCCAAUCCAGCACCUAUUCCGAACCUGUCAUUGUCCGCAGCUACUACUCCCCUGCUCCAAGUCGGCACGAUAGUUCCACUCGACGCCGAACUGGUCGUGGUGGGGCCGGGUCCGAGGUUGGUGGCCCAGUGGCCGGUGUGACUCGGGCUCUCCCCUUCUCAAGCAAGGUCUCAACGGCUGGGAAUGGAAUGCUGAGCACCAUGGCGAGAGUGUACAAUGGGAAGAUGCCUUCUGUCGAGUCUCAACAAGACACCCACCUGCCCCCCGUGGAGGCCUUCACAUUCAAGAGCUUCAUGGCAAAUAUGGAAGCCGAUGCAGGCACGGGUGAUAUAAACUCUGAUUUGGACAGGAUAGCCGAGAUUUGUGCUCGAUCACGGUAUUCCCUGAGCAACCAGUACGAGGUUCACUAUGCCCCGCAUGGGUCCGGAACCUCAUUCCUUGCAUCGACACAGGGGCAUGAGCCUCAGGGCCCGACAUUACAAGCAGUAUCAUCAGAUGAUGAAGGAGAGUUGAGAAUUACUACACGACGGCGGAGACAGGCGGCAAGGAGAAAUAGUAGAGCAAUGGGCACAUUAGAAACCAUCAUGUCAUCAAGUCGGUCAUCGGACGAGGAAAAGUCCAAAAAGAAGUCGGCUUCUGAGCUCGCCAAUGAGGUCCGUGGACGACGGGCCACAAAGACCUCUGGCCGCUCAUCGCCGACGACAUCUUCACGCAGUGAACAGGGCGAUUCCAAAUCUCAGGAGGGCGAACAACGGCCGAGGACACCGGCGAGACGGCCAUCGACUUCAUUAGCUUUGAUAGACAGCUCAAGACAGAACGGUACACCGGACGCAACACCCCGAACAUCUGCUACUGCGUUAGUGAGUGAACCUGCAUUGCCGCGUGCAUCAAACAGUCAAUUGGAGACGAGGACAACCGCGGAAGGUGAAUCAAGGAAACCGCCUUCGAAAAACAAUCCCCCGUCGCGACCAGACAAGCUGGAGGAGCAUGUGGCACGGGGAUCAAUAUCUUCGAUUCAGGACGAUCCACCAGACACCGGUAUUCUCUCGGCGCUUACAGGUUGGCUACCAUGGAAAUCAAACGCCUCAAGACCCAAGGGUCGAGCUGAAGGCAGUCUACGGGAUCUUUUAAAAAGUACAGAAACCAAGGGCAAGAGCGCCGAGUCAAUUGUGUAA